CCCAAAAAAACCCUGCAAUUUAUGUAAAGUAAUUAAAGCUGCGAUGAUAUAUGGACGAUGAUAUAUUGAACUUUUUAUGACUGAUGUAAUAUCUUGUCCAUCCUGGAAUCAACUGAGGUUCAGAGGAUUCCAAUCUAAAUUUAACCUUUCAACAGUCAGCUGUGACAGGGCAGACUUCUUGAAAGGAUUGCCGGUCUAUAACGAAAGCAACUUCAGCCGAUUUCAUGCAGAUUCAGUUUGUAAAGCUUCGAAGACCAUCUGUGUAUCUCCCAACACGAGAAUACCCAUCGGAACAGAUCAUUGUGACAGAAAAGACCAAUAUAUUGCUUCGAUAUCUCCAUCAGCAAUGGGACAAAAAGAAUGCAGCGAAGAAAAGGGACCAAGAGCAAGUGGACGUUGAAGGCGAGAGUUCGGCCCCACCAUGCAAAAUUGCCCGCACAGACAGCCAGGACAUGAUCGAAGAUACUUAAUCCUCUGUCCACAAGAUGCAAGUGCUUCCCUUCUCAUCAUGUAAUGUCUUACAGUCUCUCCACUGUGCAGCCCUUCAUUUGUAUAUCAUAGGAGCACCUUUAUUUAUUUACAUGUAAUUUAUGGUCUGGGUGAGGGAGGGAGGAGGGGGAAGUGGACCCAACGAAAGCCCUUUGUGGUGUCCAGUCAUGAUCAGCAAUUGACCGGGCUGCUCGAGGUUUUUGCAGAGGUUCCAGAGGCAAAGUCUUGAGUGGAUGUAGCGCAGAGCCUGUGGUUAAAAAGAGUGUGUAAUAGUGUAGGAGUUGGAGCCUCUCAGUGUGGAAUGCAGUGGUCCUGAAGUGCAUGUCUAACCCACCUGUACUAUCCACAGUGUCUACACUCGUAUCUUCCUGAUUAUUUCUACUUGCCUAUCACUAUCAUUAACUUUAUACUCCUGGCAGGUUUGAUGCAGGUCAGGUUAAUAUGAUGCACAGCUCAGUCUUCAGAAACAAUCAGAAUGUCUGUGUAAGACAGUUAAUAAUUUGUCAGAGCUGUUUUUAAAUAACCCUUGCCUUCAUCCUAAAAUGAAACCCUGCCCUUUGCGGAGCUGCCUUUGGUUGUUCUGUUCAGACUUCACUCCCCCCUUUCCUGUCUCACUCACUAGUUCCUGGCAAGAGAGAUGGGAAAUGAUUGAGCUGACCAACCCCAGACCAGACUUUGGCUCAUAAGUGGACAUGGCAAGAUUUGUACAACAAAGCCUUGGUGGGUACAGCCUCAGAGCAUUCUGGGAGUGGGUACUUCAUGCCACAAACGACUUCAACUGGUGGCAUUGGAACUGUUUGCUGACCUCGUGGGACAUUUGGUUUUAAGAUCAGUUUUUUUUAUUUUAAGGGAAGCCGUAUUGUAUGGGUUUGUUUCUUUUUAAAAUAAAUAUUCUGAAGUUCAAAGAGUUAACAUUGCGAGUGCUGGAAAAUCGCUAAUUCAAGUUCUCGUGGUCUGGAGGAACUUGGUGCAACGGGACCUCAGAAUGGGUGACAACCAAGCCCUGAAAUCACGAUGUUUGUGUUCUACACUCUUUAUGAUAAUUUGUCCACUGUUUUAAUGCAGGCAUUGACUUUUUAAUGCCAGACGUGGAGUGAUAGUGUGUGAUCUAAGACUGCAUCAAGUUGUUCCAGUGUUAAUCCCUCACUGUAAUUCCUAUCUCUGAUAGGGUGAACUUUUUCUAAGCUUUAUUUUUUGGUUAAGCUUGCAUAUUGGCAAAGAAAAAUUAAUCUCCUUUGCGUUACAUCACCAUGGAAACUUGACUUCAAAGAGCAGUAUCUGCUUAAUUGAGUUGCCUUUACACAAGAAGUGUAUUCCUGUUUUUUUAAGCUGAGACCAUAGUAUGAUCAGCAUGAAUGGAGUGGGUGUGGGAAUGUACUGAGUACAGAGCAGGAGGAGAGAGAAACUGUCUUUUGCUGCUGACCUGCUGAGCAUCAGCAGCAGCUUAUCCUGAUGCAUUAUGUCGAUGUACUUAUUGCUGAUUGCUCCUUAUUGAUAGAGAAGAAUAGGGAUGGCUGAGCAAUUGGCUUCAGCUCCGGCUGUGCCAUCCCUUCAAACCCAUACAGUAUCAAACUCUACUGGGAUGGUGCAUUGUUGGGGCAGCUAGGGUUUCUUGUUCUGGGCUGACUCCCCAUCUCUGUCUGACUUUCAAUCCAUCUUUGGUGUUGAGGUUUCUGUUGCCAUUGCGAGCGGAUCAAUACUUGACCCAGAGGCCCCUGUAACUGUCCGUGUCACUGGUAAUGCAAAACCUAGUGGUUGUGAUCAUUAAUAAGAAGCAGUAACUCAUCCAUUUCUCAAUAAUCAAAAAUAAUGCAAGUCAACUGUUUGCCAGGGAAGGUGGGCAGUGAAAUGUUGCUUAAAGGGAAACUUAUUCUUUGCCUAGUUAAUUUCUUCCAUUCUUUUUGCUCCUGUGAAGGCCUCUUGUUUUUAUCCAUAUUCCAACUUCAGAAGGAGCCAUGAUGUAAUUUUUUGGGAUGGUGGUGAUGGUUGUAAUGAUGAAUAAAUUGAGAACCGCUGCUUCCAGUGUGAGCUGGAUCAGUGUGAGUAGAGAAGAGGCUGUGCUUUUCAGUGUUCAAGGGUAAGCCUUUUGAAGAUGAGGGUUGGUGAAGGGCCUUUCUUUCAGUCCCACAGGGCCUAGCACAGUCUGAUACCAUGACCUCAGGCCAGGAAGGACAGUAGAUCUUGUCACCCUAUGUACAUAGCCUUGAUUUGAGGAUGGGAAAGGUGAUAGUUCUUUGAUUCAUUAGCAGAUGAAGUUAUGCCAAACCCUUGCUGCUAAAAUCAUGUAAACUGUACUGAAAACUGCAACUGUUUACAAAUUCCAAACAUGGCUCCCCUAGUUCCCCAACAGAUGUACUGGGACCCAAACCCACUGUACCUUCCCCCAAUCCCCCCCACCCCCAAUCCUCCUCUGAGAUCCUUUCUCAGGCUUUCAACACUAGAAUAUUGGUGAAGAUGCAAAGCAUGCGGACUGAGAACCAGAUCAAAUGUGCUGAUGGUCAACUCUGACUGGAGUGAGACUGUGAAGGGAAUAGCCAGCAUGUGGUGUGAGGCAUCACGUGAAUUUGAUCCCAGCUGCCAUUGCCUCUGCUAUGGGCUCUGAGAGUUUUUGAUGUAAAUCAUUGGCUGAGUGCAAUUACUAAAUCAAUGAAUUUAUUCUCUUGCAGCAACAUUUUCCCUACAUUGCCACAGUGACCUUGCUUCAGAAACACUUCAUUGGCUGUUGAGUGUGCUGAGGUGCUCUAGUGCAUUAAAUCCUUUCUAAAUGAAUCCAUUGGAAGACUGGCUGCUGGCGCAGUCACUCUGGACAUGUUUCAUUUGCCUCUGAUACUUGGCUUCAAAUCCAGUCAUACCAGUGAGCUGAAAUUCUGUCUGUCUUCACUAUAAAGUACUUUGACUCAGUUCCAAAUCCAUAGCACACAAAAGUGGGCUUAAUAUGACACUGAAUUACCAGCCUGCCUCACUGCCCUCCAGACUCAGGGCUGGUGCCGUGGCUUACUACUUCUCUUGAAACCUGUCAGUAGUUAUGUUCCUACCAGACCCCAUUUUUUUUUUUUUAACUGUUUCUCACAAGCAGUCACUGAUAUUAUACAGGAAGUCUCCCGCUGUGAUCCCUUUGAUCGUUGACAGAUGAAGGUAUGCUGCCUCAGGCUUGAAGAAUGUGUUUGAACAACUCAAAGGUUGAAUCCAGGCACCAGGAUAAUUACCUUUGGUCAUUGUUACUUUCUGAUUGCUCCUUUUUUAAUAUCUUAAGCACUGUCAUCCCAGCACCCUACAAGUACAAUGACAAUGUGAAUAUAGGCUUGCAGUUUAUAAGUCUGUUGUACAAUGGAGUCCCCUGAAGGUGCUGUAUUGUUGUUGCAAAGAUAGUUCCAGUGUUCACAGAGACCGCCUUGUCACAGCAUUGUCAACCACUGGUACCAGAUCAUUGUACAAAGUCUCUCUUCCAUUCCCACUUCCUUCAACCACCUUUAACUUUGCCUUGCAUGAACUCAGUGAGCUGCUACCAAUCAAUAGCUGGCUUUUAUCGUAUUUUUUUUAAAUAAAUAAAACGUCACAGAAAACUUGUAAUAAAGGUGUUUAUAAAUGUGAAGAAUGUAUAUUUUCUUUUUUUUUGUAAUACUGGGCCCAGACCAGUGUGAUUACUGUGCUGAUCAGAUCCAGUAGUGGGUUUCAGACCAAGUGUUUGCAAGUCUUGACAGCAGCCCACAAAGGGGAAGGGCAUAACAUUCCGAGUGUUACACUACAAGACCUGUAUUGGAUGAAAUAUUGCUGUUUUGCCUUGCCACUUCCCUACAACCACCCCCUGCACCCCAUACACCUUGAAUGCACUGACUCCUGCUCGGGGGCUGGGUGAUUCUGGUUCUAUAUCCACCCUUUGGGUGUUGGACAUGGGGAAGAUCACGGCUGAUUCUGAUCCUGCUCUCACCUCGUAUCCCACUUGGCUCUGCCCCCUCAGUACAAGAUUAUUUUUUGAUUCCCACUACUGCAGCACUCCAGUCAAAACUAGAAAACCCCAGGCAGAUUGAAGUGACUGAUUAGGAUGGGACCUGGUAGGGAAGGGUCUAAAGUGUCAAUUGGCUAUUUGAGAAGGUGGAUCCCUGGGCAGAAUGGGGAUGGGGGCUGGGUGGGGAGUGGGUGUCGGGUUUGAUGGUUUGUGAUGAGUUGUCAAUUAGUAAUUUGACCCUGGUUGCUUGUACACUGGCUGUUGGGCAUUGGCACCCUGUGAUUGUGGCUGUAUUCUGCGACCUGUCUGCACAGUAGGGUUACAGUCUGGACUGAGAGAUCCUGGAAAUGCCUCCCAAGAUAAACUUGUUCCUUCCUGUUGCACAAUUUCUGUUUUAUUCUUGGGUGAUCUUUGGGAAGGUGUCAGUGUUUAUAGAGAGGAGAUGUCUUGCUUGGAGUGAUAAGUGCACGCAAGGCUAACUGGAUAGUAAGCAGGAAUCAAAGCUGAUUUUUUUUUCUCUUUCUCUUAACCCUUCUCCAAAGCACAGGGCUAGUGAAGCAAAGUCAAUUCCAGCAGCUCUUUUCACUGCUUUUUGCUGUUGACUCCACAUAAGGCUGGGGUUAUUGCCCAGAUCCUAUCCGGAGCUGUAUGGCUUAGUACCAUGUCGUGAUAGUUGGGGGAAGGAGUCGGGGGACGGCGUGUUGCUGUGAAGGUGUUCCUCUGCGAAAUGGCAGUGAAUGGAAUAAGACACGGGCUUGGUGAGAUCGCAGUCAGUAAUUACCUUGAUCUGGUGUAUGCUGCUCUCUGAAUUUGUACAAAUUUUUUUGAGCUUUCUAUUGUGGAUUUAGCAAACAAAAGCUGAUGUAACUUCUAGAAGCAAAUUAAAAUAUUUUGACAAAUACCA